AGCGAGGGGCGGGGCGGGGCCGCGCGGGGGCUGCCGGGACGCUGGAGGACCGCUGGGGGCGGGCGGCCGACAUGGCGGCGGCCAGGCGAGGAGCUGCUUGGUUAUGAAGUUGCUCAUCUCAGCUGUCUCCAGGGGGAGCCCAGGUGAUUAACUCAGACCAGAGGCAUAACUUUAUGAUGGUUAUCAUCUUAGGAUGGCUGCAGAUUCUACUUUAUAUAAACGGGUUUUAUUACAUCUUUUACUUCUUGGCAACUCUUGCGAUGAUUGUUUAUAAAAGUCAAGUUUUCAGUUAUCCAGAUAAUUUUUUGGCUCCUGAUCUCACGCUGCUUUUCAUUAUGGCCAUUCUGGAAGCACUCCGAUUAUACUUGGGUUCAAAGGGAAACCUGACAGAAGAAGAGGCUCCAUUAGGGCUCAGUCUUGUGAUAACGGUCGGAAGUGUGAUUCUGUCUGUGUACUUCCUGAUAUGGCAAACUUACGUGCUGAAAGUAGAUGUCAUUAUAAACGCUGUUCUUCUCUUCACAUAUGGGCUUGAGUCAGUACUACAGGUCCUGGCUAUUGCUGCCUUUGUUGGCUAAAACCUAGCUAUGUGGCACAGCAGGUUUUCAACAUAUUUCUUCCUUUAAAGAGUGUUUUUUACAUUUCAAAGAUUUGAUUCUUUUGCAUAUAAAAAAUCUGUAAAUCGUUCUCCUGCUUAAAUUAUUUUUUUUUGGCAGAGAUCUCCCCAGAUGGUAGGUAAGAUACCAUAAGAUAAUACUGCAGCUGUGUUACGCUAUCUCACUAAUUAGCAUAUGUAUGGGCAAACACCAGAGAUGAUUCAGCAAAAAUGCCUGAUGUUCGUCAGGAAUCGAUACUAAAUGCUCACUCCCAACACGGAACAGUAGCCAAUGCAUCAUAUAGCGACGUGUCAUUGAGAUUGCAUGAGUUUUCACAGCAUGGCAGCAACGUACAACCAAAGUGACACAGAAGUGAAUCAGGCCAGCAUAGCAUGGACUCAUUUCUGCCUUGCCACAUACACUUCUGUGUGUCAGGGCACAAUUUUGCUUUAUUAUACAUCUUCUGCUCUCAUUUGUGUUUUCAGACCCCAGUGGUAAUUUCCCUGACUUUAGUAGGGCAGUAUCUGAUUUAUCCCAGUGGGAGAGAGUGGAAUUGAGUUUUGCUCAUACUUGGAGAGCUGAGCAGCAAGGUUUGGGCAGCUGGUUCUUGCUGAUGUGGAGGCCAAAGGCAGUAAUGUGAGGGUUUGUUUGUUUAAAUAGGACAGACCUAAGAUGAGCAUAAACAUUCACCAUUCGCACACCCUUGUGUCCUAUUUGAAAGCCCAACAGAAUGUUGUCAGGUAUAUUUCUGUCUAGCAUUAAAUGUAUUUAUAUCCAUGAUUCAGCAGAAAUGAAGAACUGUGUGCAAUUUCAGAUUUUUUUUUUUUUACUCUAUCAAAAAUAUGCAAUAACAUGUAGCUUGAGGAGUUUGCGGGGUUUUUGUACAAGCAGUUUUUGUAUUCAGAAUUUCUUAUUUUUGUAUUUAUUUAUUCAAAUAAAUAAUGUGUUAGAUC